GCAGACUGUUCCAACGGAGCGCCGAGCGGGCUGAACAGGGCUCUUGGCGGUCGACUAGCUGGCCGCAGUUCUCUUCUCCAGCCAGGUGGGAUGAAAAGCAAGUAUUUAAAUGCAGCCCCGUGAGUUCUGUCUAGUCUUAGUGACAACAACCUUACGCAGCCUUCCAGGCAGAAGAACCGACCAGAAGCGGAGUGGAAUGAGUGAGGCGUCUUUGACCUAGGGGCAACAUUCCUCUUGCAAGACUUUCCUGCAAUUUUGGAGGGGUGUUGGUUUUUUAUUUUAUUUUUGUCUUUCUGCUUCACGAGACCAUCAAGGCCAGCAAUGGCCAGUUUAGUCAACAAAGACUCUUACUUGCAAAGACUGGCAAAGAAAAUUUGCGCCCAGGAAGUCCAUGAGCCACAGAAAAGGAAAUUCGGAACUGCACUGGGAGAUGAUGGCACCCAGCCGAAGAAGAAGAAGAAACGGAAGAAGGUGAAGAUCCAAGGCAAGACAGCAGGCGCCCCUCCGGGCAAGCGAAGGACCCCAGGAGGCAGCCAAACAUCGCCGGCCAAGUCAGCAAACACAAACGCUAAGAAAUCUGGUCCAGUUAUCCAAGUUGCACCAAGUGUCAGUGGAUCAGUGACCGCUGGCAGUGGAUCAGUGACCGCUGGGACAAAAGGAGACAGAAGCCAAAAUGGUGUUUCAGGUGGUGACCAGAGUGCAGCCAGAUCAUUUUCGGCAAUGAAUCUCUUGCGGCAGAGGCUGCAUGAGAAGAUCCAAGAAGUCUCAGGCCAGGGAAGCACUAAAGAGUUGUCACCUGCCGUGCUGGAGAAGAGGCAGCGAAGGAAGUACGAGAAGGAGAGAAAGAAACGCCGGAGAAAAGAAUUGAGGAUGAAAGAGAAAAUGGAGAAGGAAGCUGAGGAGGCCUCAGUGGCAGGGGCCAUUUUAGAACCCCAGGCCCCAAAGAAGGACGCCAAGGCCGAGAUUGUCUUCAACAAGGUCGAAGUCCACGCGGAAGGGCUGAGCAAAGCAGAAAAGAGGCGCGCAAAGCGGCAGGCGCUGAAAGGCAACAUCACUCCACUGACGGGGAAGAAUUACAAGCAGCUGCUGUGCAGGCUGGAGUCUCGGCAGAGCAAGUUGGAGGAGCUGAAGGACAAAGACGAGGAGAAAGCCAAGGAACUGGAGGCGAAGAUGAAGUGGACAAACGUCCUCUACAAGGCAGAAGGCGUCAAGAUCCGCGACGACGAGGACCGGCUGAAGGCAGCCCUCAAGCGCAAGGAGAAGCACAAGGCCCAGCGGCAGAAGCAGUGGGAGAAGCGCACGGAGCAGGUGGUGGAGAAGAUGCAGCAGCGGCAAGACAAGCGGCGCAAGAACCUCCAGAAGAAGAAAGUGGCCAAGGUGGAGCGAAAGAAGGCCAAGGCCCGCAAGAAGGGCCGCAUCCUGCCCGGGGAUCUGGAGAAAGCUGGCUUUAAAUGAGUUGGUGUCAGCGGACUGUUGUAACCUGCUUCGAGGGGGUGCUUUUUGCUGCGGGGGCACUAAUAAAAACUAUUUUUUUGGUGGAA